CGACUGCCAUGCACUCCUUCCCGAACGAUCAAAACCCCAACCCGCCGCACUUAUGUAGUUCUGCACACCAAAAUGUCUUUUCGCUACUCUGCGAGGAGACUGCGCGCCCAGCGACUGCGCGCCACGCCCAAUGCCUCGAGAGCUGUGAGCACACCAUGGCCGUGCCGAGGUGUGGCUUCGACUGCAAAUGCCGAGAAAGUCCUCUUCCCCGGCGCCCUCAACAGCGAAUUCACGAACACGCUCUCCUUCCUCCGCCCCUCCAAGUCCAAAGAUGCAAUCCCCACCUACCGCUGCCUGAACCAAUAUGGCGACAUCAUCGAUGAGAGCGUGGGCGCCGAUACCACGGACGAGGAGGCGUUGCAAUUGUACAAGAACAUGGUUACCCUGAGCAUUAUGGACCUGCUCAUGUUCGAAGCCCAACGCCAGGGCCGCCUGUCAUUCUACAUGGUAUCCGCCGGCGAAGAGGGCAUCUCCAUCGGCUCCGCAUCCGCCCUCCACCCAUCCGACGUCAUCUUCACCCAGUACCGCGAGAGCGGGGUGUAUCUGCAGCGCGGCUUCACUCUCGCACAGUUCAUGAACCAGCUCUUCGCCAAUAGCUCCGACCACGGGCUGGGGCGGAACAUGCCUGUGCACUACGGCUCCAAGGAGCUGAAUAUCCACACCAUCUCCUCGACGCUGGCGACCCAGAUCCCGCACGCAGCGGGCGCAGCAUAUGCUCUCAAGCUGCAGAACCAGGGCACCGUCGGCCGCAUCGGCGCCCCCGCCAGCGGCGAACAAGAAGUCGAGCGUGUCGCAGUGUGUUUCUUCGGCGAAGGCGCCGCGUCCGAAGGCGACUUCCACAGCGCUCUCAACAUCGCCGCAACCCGCCAGGUACCGUGCAUCUUCAUCUGCAGAAAUAACGGUUACGCCAUCAGCACACCGACAUCCGACCAAUACCGCGGCGACGGUAUCGCAUCACGUGGCGCAGGCUACGGCAUCGACACACUUCGCGUUGACGGCAACGACAUCUUCGCCGUGCGGCGUGCGGUGAAAGAAGCCCGUCGCCUCGCGCUCGAAGACGGCGGCCGACCCGUGCUCGUCGAGUGCAUGGCGUACCGCGUGGGCCAUCACAGCACGUCGGAUGACUCGUUCGCGUACCGUGCGCGCGUCGAGGUCGAAGACUGGAAGCGGCGCGACAACCCGCUGACGCGGCUGCGCAAGUGGCUCGAGGGCCGGGCGCUGUGGGACGACGCACGCGAAAAGGAAUUGCGCGCCGGGACGAGGAAGGAUGUGCUCCGUGCCUUUGAGACGGCCGAGAAGCAGAAGAAACCCAACAUCAAGAAUGCAUUUACUGAUGUCUGGGAGGGCGUUACCGAGGAGCAGCGCGCGCACGUUGCGGAGAUGGCGGAUAUCCUGAAGAGGUACCCCAAGGAGUAUGAUCUCGAUGGACAUGAGGGUGGCGCGGGGGGGCUGGACGAGUUGCUGCAGAAGAAAUAGUACGACGAAAUACAAACUAACAUCAUCUUCGAGACAUGCACA